GAUAACUGUAAUGCAUAAACGCUUUUCACGCUCUAUAAUUAAUCUUUUUAUCAACGUUUUGUUUACUUAAUAUAUGUAUACGUAUGUGUGUGCUAUCACAUGAUGAUAUAUAACUGGUGAAAUAUCAUACACAAUUACACCAUUGAUCUUACGGAUUUACAUGAAUGACGAGUACUAAAUGAAUUAAGUACAUCAAAGUUGUGUUAAAGUACAUAUUUGAAACAAACAUUCGGCUAGACUCGGAUUUCGUUAAAUCAAUAUAAAACACACAUUGAGCAUAUUACGUUCUACAAAAAAUUGAAAACUGGAAUAAAAGUUUUAAAAAUGGAAGAAGUAGACGAAAAACAACCUCUAUUAUCUAACGAUACAAGCCUUACCAUAAAUAAACUGUCAUAUACAGAAAGUGGCGGGGAUAAAUCAGAUACAAGCAAAGAUGAAAAGAAAGAUGACAAGAAAACAGCGACAUUCGGACAACUGUUCCGGACGUCCGACUGUUUGGACAUUUUCCUGAUGUUUAUAGGAUCGCUGGCAGCCAUGGUACAUGGUGCUGGUUGGCCAGUGCUAAUGAUCUUCUUUGGUGACAUGACUGACUCUUUCAUAAAUGUAAAUGUAUCUGACAUAAAUCCGAAUGACACGUCGGCAUUGUUUGACGAAUUUAACUCUGACAUGACAAAAUACUCUCUGUACUACAUCUACAUUGGUGCCGCUGUCUUCGUGGCCUCAUAUAUACAAGUUGCAUGUUGGACAGUAGCCUGUGAGAGACAGGUUCACCGGAUACGGAAGCAGUUUUUCCGCGCCAUCUUGCGGCAAGAAAUUGCUUGGUUUGAUGUUCACCAAAGCGGAGAACUAACUACUAGAUUAGCCGAUGAUCUCGAGCGAGUCCGCGAGGGCCUGGGCGACAAAUUUAGUUACGCAAUACAGUUCCUGGCUCAGUUUUCAUCUGGGUUUGCUAUCGGGUUUUGGAAAGGCUGGAAGCUCUCUCUGGUUAUGAUGUCAUUGUCGCCAUUGCUUGCUAUUGGUGGAGCUUUUUUAUCAAAACUGAUAGCAAAUUUUUCCAAGAGAGAACAGGAGAUUUACGCAGAAGGUGGCGGUGUGGCUGAGGAGGUGUUGUCGUGUAUCAGAACUGUGGCGUCUUUCAACGGUCAAAAUCAGGACUUAAAAAGAUACGAGGAGAAACUUGACUACUGUAAGAAACUGGGUAUCAGAAAGUCCUACGUUUCUGGAUUCGGUGUAGGAUUCACCAUGCUUGUCAUGUUCUCGGCCUACGCCCUGGCGUUUUGGUAUGGUACAGAGCAAGUAAAAUCUGGAGACAUGACAGGAGGAAAAGUUCUAACGGUGUUUUUCUGUGUGCUGAUUGGUACAUUUUCCAUCGGCAACAUCACUCCUCACGUCACGUCAAUAGCCGGGGCAAAAGGUGCUGCCGCCGUUCUGAUUGACAUUAUUGACAAUGACCCAGAAAUUGACGCUAGCUCGCGUGAUGGGGAGAUCCUGGCGGAUAUACAUGGAAAUAUAGAAUUCAAAGAUGUCGAGUUUACUUAUCCGACUAGAAAAGAAGUGCCGGUUUUGAAAGGUUUCGACAUGACCGUGCGACCCGGGCAGACAGUAGCACUUGUUGGACCUAGCGGGUGUGGAAAAUCUACAGCUGUUAAUCUUGUACAAAGAUUUUAUGAUCCUGAUAGAGGAAGUAUUUCUGUUGAUGGUAGAGACAUCCGGGGCUUGAACUUGAAAAGCCUCAGGAAUAAAAUCGGCGUUGUUUCACAAGAACCAAUUCUUUUCGGGAUAUCCAUCAAAGAAAAUAUCUUGCUUGGUCGACCUGAUGCCAGACAUGAGGAAAUGGUUCAAGCUGCAAAGGAAUCUAACUGUCAUGAUUUUAUUACGAAACUACCUCAGGGGUAUGAUACUCUUGUUGGUGAAAGAGGGGCUCAAUUAUCAGGUGGACAGAAACAAAGGGUAGCAAUAGCCAGAGCCCUUAUUAGAGACCCGAAGAUUUUGCUUUUGGAUGAGGCGACAUCUGCGCUUGACACUCAAAGUGAAAGAACCGUGCAGGACGCCCUGGAUAAGGCAAGACAAGGUAGAACAACGAUAGUAAUUGCCCAUAGGUUGUCGACCAUUCAGAAUGCAGAUGUUAUUAAUGUAGUACAAGAUGGUGUAAUUGUCGAGUCAGGAAAACACUCUGAUUUAAUGGCAAAACAAGGAACUUACCAUCAGCUGGUCACCGUACAGAUGCUGAUUGAGGAAGACGAAGAGGUCGAAGAAGCUGACGAAGAAAAUGGAGACCUAGUUCCAAAUGGCAUUCCGAGGAAGAGGACUAUAUCAGAAAACAAACAAAUAAAAAAAUCAGUUUCUAGACAAUUUUCUAAACAAGUUUCAAAGGUGGGAUUAGCCGAGGAUGAAAAGAAGGGAGAAGAAGAGGUGGAGACAGCCCCAGGAGCGAAGUUUUGCCCGAUGCUACGAGAAAAUAAACCCGAGUGGCCGUUUAUAGUGAUAGGGUGUAUGUCAGCUGCUGUGAACGGUUGUACAAUGCCAGCUUUUGCUAUCUUCUUCAGUGAAAUGAUCAAAGUAUUUAUGAACAAUGGUGAGAACAGUUUAUUCUGGAGUAUGAUGUUCCUUGUACUCGGUGGUGUUCAGUUUGCAACAAAUGCCCUGCAGUCAAUUUGCUUCGGUCAAUCCGGCGAGAGAUUAACAUUCCGUUUGCGUUUGAGGACAUUCCGGUCGUUUAUGCGCCAGGACAUGUCAUAUUUCGACGACCCUAAACACGCCACUGGAGCCCUCACCACUCGGCUGGCAACAGAUGCCUCACUCGUGAAAAAUGCGACUGGUAUUCGUUUAGCAACACUAGUACAGUCAGUGUUUGGUCUAGCUGCAGCCUUGACCAUAGCUUUUAUCUACGGCUGGAAAUUGGCUUUUGUUGUGUUAGCCGGAGUUCCUCUAAUGGCAAUAGCAGGUGCGCUACAAUUACGAAUUGUCAUGGGCACUCAGAAGAAGGAUAAUAAAGAAUUAGAGGCAGCUGGAAAGACUGCAAGUGAAGCGAUAGAAAAUGUUAGGACAGUACAAUCUCUGACGAGAGAACCGGACUUCUUCAUUAAAUAUUCCAAAUCUUUGAAUAAACCUUACAAGACAAACCUGAAGAUGGCACAGUUAACUGGUCUCACUGUUGGAUUUUCUCAAGGCAUAGUUUUUAUGAUAUACGCAGGAGCAUUUCGAUUUGGUGCAUACAUGGUAACAACAGGAGAUAUGACCCCUGACAAUGUAUUCAAAGUUUUCUUCGCAAUCUCAAUGACGGGAAUGGUGAUUGGGCAGAGUAGUUCAUUUCUACCAGAUUAUUCAAAAGCCGCCACUGCCGCUGGUCUCAUAUUUAAAGUUCUGGAUACAAUUCCACUCAUAGAUGUUUUCUCAAAACGAGGACAGUAUCUGUCCAAAAUAUCCGGACAUGUCCAGUUCAGGAAUGUUCAAUUUAAUUACCCUAUGCGACCAGAUGUGCCAGUUCUGAAAGGUAUUGACCUCGAGAUUAAGCCAGGACAAACAGUCGCGCUAGUAGGUCCGAGUGGAUGUGGAAAGUCGACCGUUGUUUCACUGCUUCAACGCUUCUAUGAUCCACAAGAAGGGACCAUAACGGUGGAUGGACUAAACAUCAAAGAUAUAAAUCUAGUGAGACUGAGAUAUCUGAUAAGCGUAGUCAGUCAAGAACCUAUUCUGUUCGGUUGUAGUAUAAAAGACAAUAUAACAUAUGGUCUAGAUACACCAGUGUCAAUGGACGACGUUAUUUCAUCCGCCAGAGCAGCAAAUAUACAUGAAUUUAUUUCUAAUUUACCAUCCGGUUAUGAUACAGAAGUUGGAGAGAAGGGCACGCAGUUGUCUGGAGGACAGAAGCAACGUGUAGCUAUAGCAAGAGCAUUGGUUAGAAAUCCAACAAUUCUUCUCCUCGAUGAAGCUACAAGUGCUUUAGACACAGAAAGUGAACAGGUUGUACAAGCAGCGUUGGAUAAUGCACAAGAAGGAAGAACAUGCAUAGUUAUUGCACAUAGACUGUCUACAAUACAGAAUGCUGAUGUGAUCUACGUCAUCGAUUCCGGGAAAGUUGUGGAAUCAGGAAAUCAUCAGCAACUUUUGAACAAAAAAGGAGUUUACUCCACACUUGUGUCAGGACAGCAGCUUUCUAAAUAAUGUUUACAAUAUUUAUAGCUGACAAAGUUUAUUCAGUGUAUAAUGUCUCAGUAGUCCUUUUUAAAUUGUUGGAAAUCCAUGUGAACAUAAAAUUAGUUUCAAAACAUUAAUCAUGUUAAAAGGAGACGGACACAGGUAUUUACUUUGCAUACAUUAACGAGCAUUUGCCUUUAGCCUGCUGGCGGCAAGUAUUUUUGUCUCUGCAAUCAGUGCAGACCAAGAUCAUUGAUUACAGAUUAUUGUCUGUAAUGUUCGCUAUUCGGUCAGAAAAUUUUCAGUGAACACCCUUUCGAAUAAUAAAUUAUACUGCCCAAAUUGAAUGAUAGACCAAUCCAUUUUAGAAAUUAAGCAGGGUAAAGGGUAAAAACUGAAUAUAUAGGACAUGCGGCAUGUAAAAAUAAAUAAAUGCUGCAUAGACUGCCUUAGCGUGUGUUAUGCUUUUUUUUAACCUAUUUUGACAAUUCAACUUCUCUCUCAAACUGAAAAAUACAGCAGAACAAAAUGUAGACAUUAGGAAUAUGGAAAUUACAGCUCUUGUUCCACAGCUCGGCUUCAAUAAUUUUUUCUUGUAUCACAAUCAUUUACUUAUUAUUUGCAGGCGAUUUUCAUGUUGUUUUCGGCCUUUGUAUCCAUCAGUUUGUUUAAUUCUUUUGUUUAGAAGUUUAGCCUUCAAAUAAUGAAAUACAUUGUUAGUUAAAAUGUCAA